GAGAAGAAGGGAGGAGAGAUAGAGGGAUCAAGAUAAACACACUACACUGCAGAGCAGAGCUGAGCUGAGUGGACUACUGGACACGGACAAAGAGAGAGAGAGAGAGAGAGAGAGAGAGAGGGAGAGACAAAAGUACAGAUUAAAGAAAGGAAGUAGAGAGAAAGAGGGGAGAGGGUGGAGAGGAGGAGAGAGAGAAAGACCAUUUGGCAGUUAAGACAAAAAACGAGAGAGUGAGAAGGACAGCAAGAGAGGACCAGGGGGAGACGCAGUAGCAGUGCUGUGUCCGUAGUGGGUGUGUGUGUGGGUGUGUGUGGGUGUGUGUGUGUGAGUGAGAGAGAGAGAGACUGAGUGAGUGUGUGUGUGUAUGUGAGUGAGUGAGUGUGUGCUUGUGUGUGUGUGUGUGGGUGUAUGUGAUAGGGAGAUUGGGGAGAGCUGUAGUGUUGACCUGGGGCCAGGUGAAUGAUGGAACCCACGGCGGCAGCACCUGAGGUGGCGUCCGAGCCCAAGGAGAGGCGGAAGAUCCAGUUCGCCGUGGAGGCCACUGAGCCCACCCAGCUGGACCCACGGCAGGUCGAGAUGAUACGGCGUCGGAGGCCCACACCUGCCACCUUGUUCAGAGUGGCAGACCAGUCAUCCCCUGAGGACGAUAACUCUACUCACCAGUGGGUCGUUGGGGAGAAUGGGGUUCUCAAGCCCAAGCGAGUCAACCCAAAUGUGUACCAGCCGCCCUCGCUGAAAGCCGUGCAGCAGAUGGCUGAAGCUCAGAUGCAGAAGCUAGGUGUGUACCCACACAUGGAGGAGGAGAAUGAAGACUACCCUGGACAGGGUGAUGAGGACGAGGACACAGGCCUCACUGAGAGCAGUGAUCAACAGGAGGUCGGACCUACGGACACAGGAUCCGGGACGGUGGCCAUGGCCAGGAGUGGUGUGGCAGAGGAGAGUGAGGAAGAGGAGGAGGAAGAGGAGCAGAAGAGAGAGGAAGAGAGUCGGAAAGGGGAGUGACUGUGAAAGAGAGGCAGAGAGAUGGGGAUGGGGACAAAUAGAAGUGCAUAUGUAUAAAAAGACUGACCCACUUGAAAAAUAAAAAAGGCAUGGGGACGUUUGUGUGUGCGUGUGUGUGUGUGUGUGUGUGUGUGUGUGUGUGUGUGUGUGUGUGUGCGCAAGAAUGUGUGUGUGUGUGUGUGCGUGCGUGUGUCUAUGUGUGUGUUGCAUGCAUGUGUAAGAGAGAUUGUUUUAUGUGUAGAGUGAGUGCAGUUGAACACAAUACAAGCAACAGAAUGGGUAGACAGGAGACAAAAAACAUGAAAUAUGGGGAGGAAAUCAAAUGACUAUGAUUGCCAUAAAUGGGAGCGAUACGGUCAUCAUUUUAUUUGGACAUAAUGUGAAGAGUAAUCUGAUCAUGAUUCAUUGAACCUUAUGGUCAAUGGUAUGGAAAUAUAACCUGUAAGCACCGUGUCACAUUGUGGUAUGCCAUUUGACCACAUAGUCCUCUUCGGCAGAAACUCUGUUUGGUGAAGAACGGUACCAAUGCAUGGAACCCAAGACCAAUGGCAUGGAGGGGAACAACAUACAGACACUUGUAUGCACAUAUUCACACACACACAUACAACAUAUGCACACACAUACUCAAAGUUGUGUGUAUGUGUUAGUGUGUGUAAAUGUGUUUGUAGAGGUUGACAUGUUAAACUGAUAUAACUUCCUCUAGUGUGGUAUGAUGAUAACAUGUGUGAGGGUUGACAUGUACAAAUGACAUUAUUGUUAUUCAGCUGGUUUGUGAACACUACACUAUGGCCUAGAGGGCAGAAAAUGUCAGGUAUUCCAUGGCAGUUUCAUAAAAACAUGUAUUACUACUGCCAUCUAGUGGCGUAUGCACCCACACUACAUUUUAACACCUUGCCCUCCCCUUACUGAAGGGGUAAUAUAGUGUUGGCUUUAUAUCUUGUAUAUAGCUUUCAAAUCAAUUUAGGCCUGUCUUCCUGUUAAAAGUAUUUUUAAUUGUGAUAUCUAUCGUUCAGCAAUAAUGACCUGUUCAAUCAAGUCGCCUAUUUGAUCAUCUGGAAUUGUUCUCUCUUCAGUUGCAUUUCUCUCUUUCUCUCUUUUUUUCUCUCUCUACUGAUCGCUAUAUAAUUCACACGAGUAUAACCAGUGUCAUCUAUCACAGACAUACAAGACUGAAUGUAAUGAUCAGUUUAACUAGGUCACUUUAAAUGUGUUUCCUGUCAAAAUGCAGAUUGUUUUCCCAAGUCCAUUCUGUUGUAACUGCACAUGUAGGACUAUUCAGACCUAGGCAAUGAUUUCAGUAUUUUUCUGGUAAGGGACCUUUGUCUGUAUUGAGGUCUCUGGGCUGCAUGUCAAUAACUUUGUUCUAAGGGUUAUUUGCUACCUUACUGGAGCUGGUGACUCUCUUUCUCUCUCUCUCUCUCUCUCUCUCUCUCUCUCUCUCUCUCUCUCUCCCCCACACUGUCUGCCCACAGCAAUGCUUAAAUUGAUAACCUACUGAUUCCCUUCAUUUAUUUUAACUUGUUUUAAAUUCAUUCCUGUUUGUUUUAAUCUAUGCUUAUUGAAUUCAGUUCUGACACUUGUAAAGUUGUAACAGAGAAACAAAUAUAAUAUUCAUUGAAAUUAAACAA